UUUCUUCUUAUUUCGCUUGUAUUUUUCUCUUACUGCAUUUCUUUAUAUUAUUUUUUUGUUCUGUUAAAUUUAACCUUAUUUACUCUUUCAACCUCAACUUUUAUUUUAAAUUUCCUUCAUUCUGCUACACGGGAGCCGCUUCCCGCCUGAAGCGACCGAGCUCCACGCGAUCGACUUGUCACGAAACCGGACAAAACGGCAAAUGACAAACAAAACUAUCAACACAACAGGGACCAAACCCCGCAUCCUAAGGAAUGGCCUGCCGGCAGUCGUCACUAGCGAAAACAUUGAAAUUAUUGUUUUGGACAGCGACACAGAGGACUCCGUCGACAAAAUUAGUAACAACAACAGCAGCAGUAAAAAACUUGGAACAAGAACGCAUGCUCGCGAAACGCGCGCGCUGAAUGAUCCCACGCGCAAAGAUACUGAGAUCAUUGUUUUGGAUAGCGACAGCGAUGAUAACGAAAACGUAUUUGACAGCAACAGGUUACAGGCACCUGUGCAAUUGGCGUUGCAAACAUAUUCACACACUUCGUUAGUCAAUAAUGCCCCGGCUACUUUGUCGUCACCGUCGCCGCCGCUGUCUCCUUUAUUGGCUUCACCAACCUCUUCACUUUUAUUACCCGUUUCGAAGCCGCGGGCGCCGGCCGAGCCAAUGCCUUCCUUGCCACAAUACGUGCUGAGUACGACAAAUACAGGUCAAUCGUGCACAUUACUGCCGGCACAGACAGACAACCAACUGGCAAGCGCGCCUUUAUUUGCUCCGCAGCAAAUAUUAACAUCAGAAGAAACAAUUGCAGAAGCAGCGGCAGUGGCAGCUGAACGCCUUAUCCCAGGGCUACCUUACUUUACACCGAGCAAAAUAGUAAUCCCAGACACAUGGUCCGGAUGCUGCUCCUCCUUCUCCUCCUCCUCCUCCUCGCCGUUGACCAAACUUGGCUUGUCCUAUUCGUAUCUCGACGCGCUGUCCUCGAAGGAGCAUUCGUCUCCAUUGAUGUCCUCGAUGAUGUCGUCGUUGAUAUCGCCGGAGCCAUCGCCCAUGCCACGGUCAUCCGCGUCGCCGCCGUUGCAGCAGCAGCGGCAGCAGCAGCCGUCAGAAAACCGGUGGGCGGACAGCAAGCACGGCCGACCGAUUGGCAGCGCAAGCCCUGUGCAGGAUCUGAGCCCAACGCAUCACAGGGUUGACCGGCGCAAGACCACAUGCGUGGCGCGCAAAUCAGCAGGGCUGGGGCGCCCAAAGCCGCAGCCCACCGACUUUAGAUUGGCAGCGCUGCGCAAGAGCGGCGACAGCAGCAAAAUGACAUUCAAGCCCAAAGUGCCCGUACGCAGCCCAGAGAAACAGCACCGAGGUGAGCCUGUGGUGGACUUUACGGCUAUGCCCGAGUGGCGCGCCAAAACGCCCUUCGGCUACCAGUUCUUUUACUCACAGAAACCCCCUACUGAAGAAGUGUUUGGAUCACAUUGUCUCUCGAUGACCUGGUGUCCCAGCAAGAAACGCAGCCGGCUGGACUUACACAUGGUGCAGGGCAAUGGAAGCUCCGUGGACGUAAUCAACAACUGGAAGUUCCAACGACAGCUCUCGGACUCUUCGAAAUCGCUGAUUGUCCAGUGCCCCAUUGAUUUUCCAGCACGCUCGCCCACGGAAUGCAUGCAGACCCCAGUCGACAUAUUCAAGUCCAGCGAGGUCAACAAGGUCCUGGUUGUUGCAAACAAGGACGACCAAGCAUGCCCUGUAGUUUCGCUGAAACUCCACGACCACGGCCGCAUCCUGUUUGCGUGCUCGAUGAACAAUAUCAUAGUGAUCGACGCAGCCUCAUACAAGCAAAAGGCAACACUCGUUUUGCUCGACGAUAUUGACAGCAUUUUUGACAUCGGCCGCGACUAUGUUGUGGCGAACUCAAUGCACGGCGAAGUCGGGGUGUGGAAGGCCGGCUCGUCCAAUUAUAUGUGGCGAUAUAAUGACACGCGGAGGUUUCACAAUGCGCAAAAGGAUGGAACCAUGAAUAUGUCGAUUACGGCGCUGAAAAUAGCCCCCAAUGAUGCCUGUGUGUAUGUCGGCGACUCCUCAAAGGGCCUCUCGAUGAUUGAUUUCCGCCUGCCUUUCAUCAAUCGGCUGUCAACCCCCCACCGCGGCAUAAUCCACAGCAUCGAGACCAUGGACAGUCAUGGAAUCCUGGUCGGCACCAGCGACGGGUAUAUUGAGCAGAUGGAUACCCGCUUUGUGGGUGGCAACAAAGCCGUGAAUUUCAUCAAUCGGUUCAAGGUCCCAGCCAGCUCCAUUGCUAAUCGCAUCAGGGUGUGCCCCCAUGACCCCAAAGUGUUUUCCUGCUCGAGUGGGAGCAAUGUACAUAUUUACCAAAUUAGGCCAGAGUCGCAAAAAAUCCCUCUGUUCACCCACCAGGCGCACCAGACGACUGUGUCGGGUUUUGAAUGGCAUCCGGAGUGGGAGUACAGGUAUACAAUCGGAUCUUCGGAGACUGGCGAGGGCAAUGGCAUCGGCUAUGUGCAGAUCUGGCGCCCAUCGAGUGUUUUAAUGAGUAGUUUCAAUUAAUUUUUUUAAAAAAAAUAUAUUUGGCAU